UACACAGACCAUGAUUGCAGUGAAGAGUGUAUGAACCGUGCUACAAUAACCAGUUUAUCAUCGUCCUGAAAGUACUUCAAAAUGUCUAACAGUGUCGACGACGUCAAGCCCAGGAGAGGAAGACCGCCCCAACAGAAGGCACUCGCAACAGCCCUGUCAAAGCCAGCUAUCGCCGUUUCAACCAGCGUACAGCGUGUCAACUCCAGGAAGGGAGCGCCCAAGAAGGUGCAGGCAACAACAAGCACUCGUCGUAGUACUCAGCAACUACGACAGCGUCAAGUUGCAAGGACACCGACCAGGAGCUCAGCUGAUCAGAUAGCGCUGACAAACACUAUCUCGAAUGAACCAUUUGGUGAUCCCAAGUUCAUUGCUAAUAUCCUACCCUGGAUCUGUGAAAUUGAUACAACGAGGUUUCGACAUGCUGUGCAGGGCAAAUGCGUGUUCAUAAGUAUAACGGAAAUUGAGACAUUGCUGCGUCUGGAGAAGUACGAAGGAAAGGAAAAGCAUAAUUCUCACAUCAUCAGUCUUAUUCGUCCUGGAGGCACAGCUGCUUAUAAACUGCUCUGCAAUGCAAUCCAUGACUUGGGUCCACUGUACAAUGAAAAGUACCAAGAAAUGCUUCUCCUGUUGCCCGUUGACCAGCGACCAACGACCAAGACAUCCUCUCAUGAGACAGGUAAUUGAUAUGUCCGGAAUGGGGAUGAUCACAAGAAUGGUGUUGGGGGUGUGGGUAUACCACUUACAGUCUGAACAUCCCCAAUUUAAACAUUGCCAUCAAUCAAACUUCUGCUGUGAAGGGAAAUUUUAGUUUUGUACCUUACCAGCAGAAUUAAACUCAUUACACCAAAGUAUAGUCUACAGUACAUUCAGAAAAAGAUGAUAUCCUAGCUUUUGGCCAGAAAUGGGUCAAAUUUUGAGUUUUUUCUCAAUUUUUGUUCGCAAUCCCCAUGGAAUCCUCUUCCAAUUGUGUUUUUGAAGUCUAUUUCUCCAAAAAGCAAGCCAUAACAAGAAAAGGAUUUCGGCCGGGUUUUGCCCCCAAAGCACUGAAUUGGGGAAAACCAUGAAAAUCCAACCCGUGCACUCCACUUGCAGAACAGUGCAUUUGAGGUUCAAACCCCAGUUGAGGUACCUUUUUUGGACCCUUUUCAAGUUUCGAAUCUCGCGUCACUGGCGAAAUCACCAAGCACGAGUGCUCUCCGGGGCCAGCGCUCAUCUUUUUCUGAAUGGACUGUAGCUAAAACCGAACUGUACCCCUCUUGCGGCCGCGAUACACAACAGAAGGCCAGCUGUGUAGUAGGAGAGAAUACUUUGUUCUUUCUCUAAGUAGACGUCUGGGCAACUGACGUAUGACAACUAACAAGUGAAUAUUAUCCAGGAAAGUGGUGCACUCAUCAGGGCAAAAGUGGUACGCUCACCAGCACAAAAUGUGCACGGGUCAGCGAUACAAUGCUGUCCCAAUGGGGACCAGUGCGAGAAGUGUGUACAGAGCGGGUGACUAUAAAGCCUAGUUCACAUUCGACGGGGCACGACGGGACGUGACGUAAGGAUCGACGGGAAGCGACGGGACAGUCUGACGGCGUCCAAUGUGAA